AUGUUGCUUAGCGCCAGUGUGGCAGAGGCUGAGAGUGUUAAAGCCGCCUAUGUCUGCAAUGAUGAAAACUCAAAUGUGCAUGCCAUACUCACCAAUGACAACUUACUCGAUGGCACAAUUGAAACCAGCUCCGAACAGUAUUACGUCGAGCCAGCGCAUAGGUAUUCCAGUGAUUUGCCUGCCAGUGGCGUACACAGUAUAAUAUACAAAGUGAGUGAUGUGCAUAUGGAUAAGUCAGCAGCUGCAUCACCUACAACAUCGUCGCCAGCAGAGCACUGUGCCAGUGAACGCCUGAAACGCAGUCUAAUGUUGGAUGAUUUGAAGCGACGUUUAUCCAGUGGUGAAGAAUUACGAUGGCGACGGAAACGCGAAACGCACGUCGACGAAAACAACAACAAUUUAACUCUGAAUCGCCAAAAGCGAUGGCUGCCAGAUGAGCUUUCAAUAAAUGAGCAACAGAACCCGCCAUUACCACUUGACUUGGAUGUGCCGUAUAAUGAUGACUUUAGCAUAUUCACGCACUACACCAAUCGUGACAAUAUCAAUAACACGAAGUCAUUGAAUAAAUCAAUAUCUAAUGUGGAAUCAAUUGAGGAUAACGAAAAAACACCUCAACAAGCUUCUGUGAUUACUUGGCGCAAUGCUGUUGGUGCCAGUGAGACUGGUUUCACUCCAUCCAUAGCAAAGACGACAAAUGCAACACGCAAUCGUAACAUUAUUGUUAGUAAUUAUAAUCCUAAUGGUGGGGAAAGUAAUGCCAAUUACAACAAUAACAAUAAUAAUAGUGUGCGUAAAACUUAUACAAAACACAAGAAUAUUAUAGUGAGCACUUACAACAACAAUAAUAACAAUAACAACAACAAUAAAAAUAAUAAUCCAAAUUUCAACCGCUCAUCAACUUUUGGACGCAACGAUGAUCCAUUCGAUUCCAAUGGUAAUUUUGUUAAUAACUUUUUUAAUACAAAUUGGACGACGAUGUUUGUAGGCAAUGAUCGGCCCAGUCACAAAACCCACGUCGAAAUUAUAACGAAAAACGGUGCCACAAAGAAACCAAAUAUCAUUGUGAAUAACUAUAAUCCCGAAAUAAUGAUGGCACCUAAUCCACAUAAUCCAAAUUUUAAUAGCAUGCUAAUGACGAACUUGUUGAGUGGACGCGGUCAAGAUAAUAACCGCGAUGCUGGUAGUGGUAGCUCAAUGCGUUCCUUGUAUGAUCGUAAGAUCACUUGCAUGUUAUACCUGCAAGCUGAUCACACAUUCUUUCAAAAAAUGGGUUCCGAUGAGGCUAGUAUAGAGGCCAUUACCAGGCAUGUACAACGCGCUAAUUCAAUAUACAAAAAUACUGAUUUCAAUAACGACGGCAAACCUGACAAUAUAACGUUUAUGAUAAAACGAAUUAAAGUUCACAACAUGAAUGCAGUCAAGGAUCCCGCCUACCGAUUUCCUGGAAAUUAUGGUGUCGAAAAGUUCUUGGAAUUGUUUUCAGAGGAGGAUUAUGAUGCUUUCUGCCUGGCGUAUAUGUUCACCUACAGAGACUUCGAAAUGGGUACCUUAGGAUUGGCAUGGACUGGUGAUUUGAAAAAUGCCGGAGGAGUUUGUGAAAAAAAUGGCUUUGCGUAUUUUUAA